UUUUUUUUUGUCUUCAUAUAGCAGUGUAAGACUGGAAACAUCUGGGCUGGAUGGACUUUAGCAUCAAAAGAAGUUCUCAACUUUUAACUCGAAAAAUUAACUACUUAAAAAUGAAGCAAGUACCAGAGAUCCUUGGAAAUACCAAUGGGAAAACUCAGAAUUGUGAAGUGAAUCGUGAGUGUUCUGUCUACCUGGGCAAAGCACAACUUUCUGCCACUCUGCAGGAAGGUGUCAUGCAAAAAUAUAAUGGCCACGAUGCUCUUCCAUUCAUCCCAGCUGAUAAGUUGAAAGAUCUGACUUCUCGUGUGUUCAAUGGUGAAUCCGGGGCCCAGGAUGCCAAGCUACGCUUUGAACCCCAGGAAAUAAAAGGAGUUGGAACACCACCAAACACUACUCCUAUCAAGAAUGGUUCUCCAGAAAUCAAGCUGAAAAUCACUAAAACCUACAUGAAUGGAAAACCUCUGUUUGAAUCUUCCAUUUGUGGAGACAAUGGUGCAGAUGUGUCACAGUCAGAGGAAAAUGAACAAAAACCAACAAACAAGGAGAGGAGAAACAGAAAAAGAAGCAUAAAAUAUGACUCCUUACUUGAGCAGGGUCUUGUUGAAGCAGCGUUGGUGUCAAAGACUUCAAGCUCCCCUGAAAAUAAGGCUCCUGCUAAGAGAGAUUCAACACAAAGUACCAUCAAAGAUGACAAAGUCCAUUUGUUGAAGUAUAAUAUAGGAGAUCUAGUGUGGUCAAAAGUAUCGGGUUUUCCUUGGUGGCCAUGUAUGGUUUCUGCUGAUCCUAUUCUUCAUUCCUACACUAAACUAAAAGGACAGAAAAAGAGUUUUCGUCAGUAUCAUGUUCAGUUUUUUGGAGAUGCUCCAGAACGAGCCUGGAUAUUUGAGAAGAGCCUUGUGCCUUUCAAAGGAAAAGAUCAGUUUGAACAAUUAUGCCAGGAAAGUGCAAAACAAGCCCUCACUAAAGCAGAGAAAAUAAAGAUGUUAAAGCCUGUUCCAGGGAAGCUGCGACCGCAGUGGGAGAUGGGUGUUAAGCAAGCAAGUGAAGCAGUAGGCAUGACAGUGGAAGAACGGAAGGCCAAAUACACCUUCAUCUACAUUAGGGACAGACCUCAUCUUAAUCCUCAAGUGGCAAAGGAAGUUGGCAUUGCUGUGGAGCUUCUAGAGGAGGAAGUAGAUGAGUCAUCUUACUCAAAUGAAGAAACCACUGAAAAUCUGAAAUCAAUGAAGGAGUCUGGCAUUCCUAACAAGAGGAGGAGAAGGACAUCAAAAUUGUCUGCCACUGAUGAUGCACAAGAAGGCAGUCAGUUGGAGACUAAGAAUACUACUCCUCAAAAGUCAUCUGAACAGGCUGAAUCCAAAAGAGGGAUAGGCUCCCCUCUCAAUAGAAAGAAAACUCCAGCAUCUACUCCACGAAGCAGAAAGGGCGAUGCAGUAUCUCAGUUUUUGGUCUUUUGUCAGAAGCACAGAGAUGAGGUGGUUGCUGAACAUCCCGAUGCAUCAAGUGAGGAGAUUGAAGAGUUGCUUGAAUCGCAGUGGAACAUGCUUAGUGAAAAACAGAAAGCUCGCUAUAACACAAAGUUUGCCAUAGUGACCUCUCCCAAAUCUGAAGAAGACUCUGGUUCAUCAUUGAAGAAUAUUGGAGAGGCCAAACGUAAAGUGUUUCAAGACUCACCUAAAAGGAGAUCAAGAUCCAGAAGUAACUUACAUGGAAAUAAAAGAAACCAAAAAAGAGGACAAAGGAACCUACAGAAGAUUUUGAAGUUCAGGAGGCACCUAGGAAAAGACUCAGGAUGGAUAAACAGAAUAAUCGGAAGGUAAUUAUGCUGUUGGUUUGUUUGGGUGGAUUUAUAGCAGCACCAAUCACAUUGCUGUAGUUAAGUUUGUCAGCAUUUCCAUUUCCAGGACUAA